AUUUUGACGCGGCACUCUGGGCACCCAAUCAGAUCCCUGAAUACUGCGUCACACCGCGGCUAAUUUCACUCGGCCUCUCUCUUCCGUCCGGAAAUCGCAGCGUGUCCGACGUUUCGUGUCUUUCGUAGACUUAAAAAUGCGUUACGUGGCCGCUUACCUUUUGGCUGUGCUGGGUGGAAACACCAGCCCCUCUGCCAAGGAUAUCAAGAACAUCCUGGGGAGUGUAGGAAUUGAGGCUGAUGAUGAACGUCUUAAUAAGGUCAUCAGUGAAUUGAAUGGCAAAGACAUCAAUGAAGUCAUGAAUUCCGGCCUCGCUAAGUUAGCCUCCGUGCCAGCGGGUGGUGCUGUGGCAGUCUCUGCUGCUGGUCCUGGUGGAGGUGGUGGUGGGGCUCCAGCAGCUGGGGAAGCACCUGCAGCGGAAGAGAAAAAGGAGGAGAAGAAAGAAGAAUCUGAAGAGUCAGAUGAAGACAUGGGCUUUGGCCUCUUUGAUUAAUCUUUCUUCUUUUCAAAACAAUAAAAACGAAAACGUA